AGCUACCCCCUGCAGCUCCGAGCUUUUACUUUGACUCCACUCUACCGCUCCUCCAGCCUCCUGUUGUCUUGUGUUGUGUUGUCUCCCACUGCAACAAUCCGCCCGGCUAGCUACCUCCUCCUCCGCCUGCUAGUGUGCUCUACCUAGCUCGAUCAGCUUGCCGGCCGCCCGGCGCCCCGCGUCCCCAUCCAUCGAUCGCCCGCCACCAGCCGCCGCCGCCGCCGCUGCUGCUGUGCGCUGCGCCUGGCGGCGCGUCGGCGCCUGCCCGCAGCAUGAGAAGCAGGCGGUGGUCCCGCGCCGCGGUGCUCGCGUGGCUAGUGCUGGUCGCGGCCGCCGCGUGCGUCGCCGACGAGUCGCGCGCGGUGCCCGCCGCCAGGAACCGGACCGGGACCGGGACCGCGGCCGUCAGUGUCAGGCAGCAGCAGCAGCAGCGGGGCGCGUUCGACGUCGUGGUCGCCGGCCUCGUCAGCAUCGGGCUCGGCCGCCGGUGGCGCGCCGGCGGCAUGGUGGACGAGGACAAGCGCCGCGUGCCCACGGGGCCCAACCCGCUGCACAACCGAUGAGCUAGCGGGCUAGCGCCGCCACCGCGCGCGCCGCGCGUGCCUUGCCUUGCCUUGCCUGCCUAGGCGCGCGCGGCCUAGCUAGCUAUACCUACCCUUAUCGAUCGACGAUCGAGCUGCAUGCGGCGGCCAUCGCCGCUGCGCGUGCGACGCCCGGCGGGCUCGCCGGUGGUCUGGUCUCUCUCGCUCGCGCGCGCGCCCGCGGCGCAUGGCGAGGCGGAGGAGAAGAACGAGAAGGAGAAGUGAGGAGCGUGUUAGUAUUUUUUUUACCACUAUUCCCUUCUGCUUCGCUUUCUUCUCUUUUCCCCCCU